AACCACAAUCUGACUGAUUUUGAGCACAAACUGUACUGCUGACGUUAGUUGUUCAACAUGUACUGUAGUAUGUACUGCACUAGCGUAAGAUAUACACAUCGUUUUGUCACUCCUUUCAUAUCUCAGCUGAUUAUCUCUAUUUUUCUUUAAAGCUCUUAAUAAUGAUACACGAAACUCAGCCAUAAGCUUGUGUAAUUUAAAAUCUAAACAGUCAGAUACUGAGUGCCCUCCAGUGUGGAUUGUAUUCUUAACCAAAAUUUUCAUUUGUAAAUUGCUUAAAAUUUGUAAUAAUUACAAUUCACUUAAUUUAAUUAACACCAUAACAAACUUAGUUCAUGAAAUUGAUAAUAUAAAUAGCAUUUAGACUACUACUACUACUAUGUGUGUCAUAUUACAGCCAGCCUGAUAAGUCCUAGUAUUGGUAAUUGUAAUAUCGUUUGGCAAUAGGCUUUGUUGUCAUUGGAAAUGGAAGUUGUAGUGUGGUUGACAUAUUAAGCUUUUAUUCAUAUGUUCUUUCCUUGCCAAACUACAUAAGAAAAUGACAGAAUUCACAUUAUUCAGGAAGAUGGGUGAUAUCACUAAGCAAAAAGCAAAUUCUUCUCGAAGUUUAAUCAGCAUAGAAAAGCAAAAACGAAUUUUUAAAAUUAUAGUUAUUGGAGAUUCCAAUGUUGGAAAAACAUGUCUGACUUAUCGAUUCUGUAGUGGCUCAUUCCCUACAAAAACAGAAGCAACUAUUGGAGUUGAUUUUAGGGAAAGAGUAGUUGAAGUAGAGGGUGAACAAAUUAAGCUGCAGCUUUGGGAUACUGCAGGCCAGGAAAGGUUUAGGAAAAGCAUGGUCCAACAUUAUUAUCGAAAUGUUCAUGCUGUGGUAUUUGUUUAUGAUGUAACUAAAAUUGCUUCAUUUGAAAGUUUACCACACUGGGUUGAAGAGUGUGACCAGCAUCACUUAACUACCUUCAUUCCACGUAUUCUUGUUGGUAAUAAAUGUGAUUGCCAAGAUCGAAUUGCUGUCAAUACAAACAUGGCUCAGAAAUUUGCUGACCUUCACAACAUGCCAGUUUUUGAGACUUCUGCAAAAGAUGAUAAUGAAGCUGAUCAUGUGGAAGCAAUAUUUAUGACUUUGGCACAUAAGCUGAAAAAUUCCAAGCCAAUGAUGCCUCCACAUCUACACAGACAGGGCACAGGUGAUAGCACUAAUUUGAAGUCUGGUGUUAUUUCUGUUGGAAAAUCUUAUGGUAAACCAACAGAUAAAAGUUAUUCACCAGAUGAAGAUGAAUCCUGGUGUGCUUGUUGAAAAUUAGAUUUUAUUGUGAUUAGGUUAUCUCUUGAUCUAUUACUUUAGUGAAGUUGUAAGAACACUGGAGGUCUCCUAAAACUUGUUUCAUACCAGGUGUAAUAAUAAUAAUUCCUGAUAUAUAUAUAAGAAAAAAAUGGCAUCCUAUCAUGACUGGUGAGUAUCUCUUAGAUGUUGAGAAAAUAGUUGCGUAUCAAAUUUAAAAAGUUAAAGAAAACAGGGGUUAUACUUUUGCAAACGAAAAUGCAUAUUUCAUGCAAGAAAUAUAGAUGUACACAGUUGUGGGAAGUCUGUGUAGGAUACACAUUUUGUAUUUUUUUUUAUUAUUAACUGUGUAUGCUCAGUACCAGUUAAACAUAACUAAGUUUACUUGAUGUCUUACAGAAGAUUUCUGUAAUUUUCAGGAACAAAAAUAAAGUUUAAGGAAAUUAUAAAGAAACUUGCAGUUCUUUAAACUGAAGCUUGUAGUAAUAAAAUCACUAACAGAGAAGGAAAAUCACUGAGAAAAUAUGAAAUGGAUAGUGUGGAUAAUUAUUUAGCAAAUACAAACCUAUAGUUUGGGAUGGUUGGAAGAAAUUAAAAAUCUAUAAGUGUAUUAUUUACAUGCAAGACUCUCUGCGCUGAGCAGAAAUGAAAGUUGGAAUAUUUCUUAAUUUUUUGUUGGAACACUUUAUGAUGUCUGAAUAAUUACUAAUGAAGCUCAGCUUUGAAAACAGCUAAAACCAAUGGCUAAAUAUGAUUGGGUAGAGCAGAUUAUAAUCUAUCUUCUUUAAUCUCAACUAAAUAAAGUAGUUUGACUAAUAAUUUGCUUUUUCUCAUAAUAUUUGCUGCAUGAAGCUCUAGUGGAUGGUGAACAAAGAAAUCUCUAAUGGGAAGUUUUGAAGACUUAAGAAUAAACCAUGGAUCUGGGAAGUAUUUUAUAGUUUCUUUAAAUGUUCUUUUCAUUCCUGAACAUAUUUACAUGUUAAUUUGAAUCUGUUUGAAAAGUACAGAAUUUUUUUUCAAUGAAAAGACAUAAUAUAAGUUUGGUUAGGUUUAAUGAGUACAUAGUAGGUCAUAGCAAAAUGAUCAGAUGAUUAAAAUCCUUGUUUAUUGAAUAUUGUUGUUAAGUUUAUUUUACCUAACAUGUAAAUAAGAAAUUAUUGUUUAGUGAAAACAAAUUAUAUCUAUAAAUGUAAAUUGAUCUUGACCAAGAUAAGUGAAAAUCAUGAUACUUAGCCUGACAAGAGUAACAGUGAUACAAUUUUGAAAGGUGCAGUUGUAGUUUACUAAUACGGUUGUCCUUUUUCUUUUCUUGUUUUAUAUUCAUUUUAGUAUGAAGUACAUGAUGCAGCUGUUUUCGGAAGAGAAACUAAUAUUUUAGGUGUUUCUGAAAUGCAUAGUAUUUUAUUGUUUUUUACUCUAGUAUAAUGCCCCCCAGUGGCACAGC